AUGUGCACGUGUUGUUGCAAAAGGGGGCGUGGCGGCCGCGCUUGAGAAAAAAAACUGCCACUCGUGGUAAUUCAGCAUUAGCGUCAAAUUUUUGUGAUCAAAAGGCUCCCAGCAAGUCAAAUAUUGAAUCAUAUUGUCGGCUCUGUUAGCGGGCGGCGUUGAGUGGGGAUAAUUACCCGAAAAUGACGCCAGCUAUUCACUAGUGAGCUUUGACUUGGAGUCCGGGUGGUUUUAUUCCACGAAAACGCAUUCCUGAAGGUCCGCCGCAUGUCCAACAUGUAUACCUGGCCUUUACAGCCAGUUUGCAGCAGUUUUGGUUUCGCUUCUCUUGUUAAAUCCGCCAGAGGGCCGCAUCCGGUGUUACUAUCGCUACAACGCCAGUCGCUCCGGUCUCUGCCAUGGCGUCGUCGUCCGACGCGACUGCGCCGCGCGGAAAGCGUUCUGCUCGAAAGUAUUCUUCACCCGAACCUGAUUUUAGUGACGAGGAUUCGAGCUUCGAGUCCGAAGAUGACAGUACUUCUUCUUCAAGCUCUGACGGUGACGAUGUUUCAAGUCAGCCCGGGACAUCCGCAGCUGCUCACCGGGUCCGUACGUCGCUAGGCCAGGAUGUGCUGCCACCGGCUGUGAAGAAACUUCAGUUCACGCCAACAAGGCCGCCCGGAGCACAUCUCGGCCCAGCACUUCGGAGCAGCGCAAGACGUUUUACAACGGCGCGCGAUUUUUUCCUCCUGUUCUUCACCGCAGAAGUGAUAAAUACUAUUUGCAAGAACACGAAUAAAUAUGCUUGGCUGCAUAUUUUGGAGCUUCCAAGCUAUGCUGAAAGAGAUGGGUCGUGGAAGGAAGUGACUCCCGACGAACUAGUGAAGUUCAUCGGACUGCUCAUUUAUAUGGGCAUUGUGAACGUGCCACGCAUCCACCUUUACUGGAAUACCAGUAGGCUUUUUUCAGGGCUUCUUCCUCGGAACGUUAUGCCAAGGAGACGGUUUUCUGCGCUUCUGCGCUUCCUAAGUGUCACUGAUCCGGAGGCGACUACUGCAGCUACGCACGGCAGGCUGCACCGCGUAUUGUGGCUUCUGCAACACGUGAAUACUAGAUCAGCAGAACUUUUUCAACCUGCGCGGAACCUCUCUGUGGAUGAAAGGAUGGUCAAAUCGAAAGGAAGAUCGGGUAUUCGGCAAUACAUGCGGGACAAAAUUGUAAAGUGGGGAUAUAAAUUGUGGGUGCUUGCUGAUUCGCAGACUGGCUAUUCCGUUCAAUUUUAUGUGUACGCAGGCAAACGGGAAACAGCUAGUGCAAGUGGAUUAGCAUUUGAUGUGGUGACGCAACUGUGCGAUAAAUACCUCAAUCAAGGAUACGUAAUCUACAUGGACAACUUUUACACAUCUGCGUCGCUCUUUGCUCACCUGCUAAAUCGCAAAACCCUCGCUUGUGGCACGACACGUAAAGAUCGUCGGUGCUUCCCAUCUGAACUGAAGGACGUGUCAUGGGAGAAAAAGGCAAACAGAGGUGAUGUUCGGUGGCUCCGACGGAACAACAUCCUCUAUUUGCAAUGGAAGGACAAGAAGGUUGUUCACAUGAUGUCAACAGCGCACACUGCCAACAGGCAUGUUACAGCCACAAGGAAAGAGAGAAGAGGCGGCGUGUGGACUAUCAUCCCAAUCGAGAAGCCGGUACUGAUUGACGACUAUAAUUCCGGGAUGCUUGGUGUUGAUAAGUCGGAUCAGCUGAUUGCAUCCUAUAACGUUUUGAAGAAGUGCGUGAGGUGGUGGAAGACGCUCUUCUUUCAUUGUAUUGACAUGGCUGUUGUGAAUAGCUUCAUUCUUUUUCAAGAGCACCGCCAGCAACACCUCUCAACACCGGAAUUGCACAGGAGCGCCCACUUCGACCAACUUUCUUUUCGGAUGGAGCUCACUCAACAGCUGCUCGAGCUUGAAGAUGAAGAGGUUGCCAGAGUACAUCCUGUCCCAAAAGAAGUGCCGCACCAUCCGCAAAAGAUGCCGAAAAGGCGAAACUGCAGGAUGUGCUAUCAGGACCGAAAAAUCGAACAAAAGACGAACGUUUUCUGCGAAAACUGCGAAGUGCACCUGUGCCUCACGAAAACGCGCAACUGCUUCACCGCAUGGCACGAGCGCUGAAGCUGUUCCCGGUCUUUAGUUUUUUUUAUGUAGCUGAAGAACGGCGCGGUACAGAGAACUAAUUUUUUUAGACAGUAUUCCUGAGUCAUUGAUCUUCAAAAUGUAUAUUCUAAAUUUUCUUUGUUAAUAAUGUGUAUGUAGAUAUUGUGCUUUUUCUUUCUUGUUUUUAUCAACUCGCCACGAGAAUGGCACUUUUCCGAAUUUUUUGUGUGUUCCCUAAUAAAUUGUUUGCUUUGCAACUUA